GAUCUCUCCAAUGGUUUUAUUUUCGCUUCCGCUAUUUCAUGUUCGAUAUUUGCCGACCCCGCCCGGGUCCGAUCCUACUGCACAGCAUCCUUCAUUUCGGCUCCGUGCCUGACCAGCUCAUCCGAGGACCCACAAGACUGACAAAGGCCUUGUCAAUUGAACUUGAUGUUGGGAAAGGGAUCAGAUCGAAUGACAUGCUUAGUCAUGUCUGGCCGAGGAAUUACAGCUGUCUUAUUUGUGCGAGCUUGGGUUCAGGAUGAGGACUCAGCGCAACUUCGUGACUUCGGGCGUGUCAUUCCCGAAACGAGUGGAAAUUCUCGCUGUCUGGCUUUACACGCAAUCGGCCGACAAAUCCGAAGUCUGAAGGCACGUAGCUUGACGUUCGACUCCGAUGAAGGCGGGAUUGGUCAGCGAGGAAGUUCCGGCUCGUCUAUCGUGCGACGCGUGGAAGUGGCAGUCGAAUGCGACCCUUGGCGCUACCAUCGGAGGAAUCGACUGGGUCACGUUCGGACCAAAAAUGGAUGGGCUGCUUGGGUCAUUCUGCCAGGCGUGCAGACACUUCGUUCUAGGGGUGGAUGAUGCAUUCCUACCGUCGACUACAUGCCAAAUUGACCAGCUAAUGUAUUGGAAG